AUGCCAGGGCCGAGGGCCCUGGCAUCCGGUCCUCUUACCGGUCCCUUGCCUCUCCCAGCACCACUCACAACUCUAUUCCACUUCCUUUCCUCCAGCACUCACUCAACUCUCACCGCCUCGACCGGCCCGUUUUUUCACCGUGAAAAAUUCGAUCUAUAUGCCUAUAAUACAAACAUACUAUACACAAAAUACCAUACACUUUUCAACACUACAUCCUGUCAUCGACCAAUAUCAGUCACAAUUACCAGAAAACAAUACCACCCACUUCACCAUCUGCACCGCUGCCUCAUUCUAACCCUCUUUUCUUCUCUUCUCUUCGCUCCUCUUACUUCUUACCUCUUCUCUAUUGCUUCUUGGAUGACUCAACCUUCUUUUUCUUUUCGUUCUCUCAGUGCUUUUGGAAAAUUUUCAAACUUUCCAGCUCAUCGCCUGCACCGAUUUCUUCCCAUUACCACUUAUACAAAGUGA